AUGAAUUUCUUUGCAUUUUCUCUGAUUUUGCUCGUUUUUAAUACAAUACCAACAAAUGGUCUUGAGUGCUAUAAGUGUUAUUGUGCAGACAGUGCAGCCUGUCCAUGCAACGAAACGGAAUCACGUCAAGGAAAUAAUACAUACUGUGUUAUUACUCGGGAGCAUAUUGGUGGAAAUUUUGACAUAUCACUAGGGCAUAUUGGAAGAAAUUCUACAAAAGUAUACAUUAAAAAUCCGCACUACAUCUCUGUUCGGGAAUCUGUCAAAUAUAAUGAUAAUACGUCUGAAUGGGAAACUAUACCAGAUCUCAUUGCAUAUGGAUGUAAUUGGGAUUAUUGCAAUCAACCAGAACUCGUUCCACUACUACCAGGAAGUUUAUCUCUGUCAUUACCCAACGCAUGGUUGGACACUUUUAUUCUUGGUACAAACCCUUCGACCUGUCAUGAAUGUCGUGAUGGUCCCGUAUGUGGUGAUACUGACUUUUUUGAUAUUUCAAGGUGUCCAGAGAAGGCUUGCAAUGCAACAUGUAUUCUGAGUGAUCUAUUCGAUAAUCCGGAUACAAAUCCUCUUCAAUUCUGUUAUCAAUCGUUCUGUUAUGGGGAUGAAUCAACGUCUGAUCUUGAUAUAGACACACAUCGAAUUCAGGUCGAUGGCAUUUAUUAUUUGGAUACUCGGAAAUUUGAUAUUUGGGAAAUAGAUAUAUUUUGUCGUGCGGAUGACUGUAGUCGGCCAGAGAUAUUUAAUGAAAUACGGUCAAAUCUCACAACACAAAUCAAUGUAAAUGCAUUUCUCAGUCUUCGUCCUGAUGGUCUUUGGUGUUAUAGUUGUGAUCAAUGCAUUGAUACAACAACUUGUCCAUGUAUUGAUGUCGAAUUUAAAGAAGGAAAGGAUAGUUACUGCAUUAUUGAGCGUGAGAAUAUCGGACAAAACUUCUACACCACCAUCGGAUAUAUUGCAAGAAAUUCGACAAAAGUGUACAUUAAAAAUCCCUAUUACAUCUCUGUUCGGGAAUCUAUCAAAUAUAAUGAUGAUACGUCUAAAUGGGAAACCACACCAGAUCUCAUUGUGUACGGAUGUAAUUGGGAUUAUUGCAAUAAAGCUGAACUCGUUCCACAACUACCCGGAAGUUUAUCUCUGUCAUUACCCACAGCAUGGUUGGACACUUUUAUUCUUGGUACAAACCCUUCAACCUGUCAUGAAUGUCGUGAUGUUCCCGCAUGUGGUGAUACUGACUUUUUUGAUAUUUCAAGGUGUCCAGAGAAGGCUUGCAAUGCAACAUGUAUUCUGAGUGAUCUAUUCGAUAAUCCGGAUACAAAUCCUCUUCAAUUCUGUUACCAAUCAUUCUGUUAUGAGGGUGAAUCAACGCCUGAUUUUGAUAUAGACACACAUCGAAUUGAGGUUGACGGUAUUUAUUAUUUGGAUACUCGGAAAUUUGAUAUUUGGGAAAUAGAUAUAUUUUGUCGUGCGGAUGACUGUAGUCGACCAGAGAUAUUCAACGAAAUACGAUCAAAUCUAACACAAAAUGUUAGUGUCAAUGCAUUUCUAAAUCUUCGUCCUGAUGGUCUUUGGUGCUACAGCUGCGAUCAAUGCAUUGAUACAACAACUUGUCCAUGUAUUGAUACUGAAUUUAAAGAAGGAAAGAACAGUUACUGCAUUAUUGAGCGUGAGAAUAUCGGGCAAAACUUCUACACCACCAUCGGACAUAUUGCAAGAAAUUCGACAAAAGUGUACAUUAAAAAUCCCUAUUACAUCUCUGUUCGGGAAUCUAUCAAAUAUAAUGAUGAUACGUCUAAAUGGGAAACCACACCAGAUCUCAUUGUGUACGGAUGUAAUUGGGAUUAUUGCAAUAAAGCUGAACUCGUUCCACAACUACCCGGAAGUUUAUCUCUGUCAUUACCCACAGCAUGGUUGGACACUUUUAUUCUUGGUACAAACCCUUCAACCUGUCAUGAAUGUCGUGAUGUUCCCGCAUGUGGUGAUACUGACUUUUUUGAUAUUUCAAGGUGUCCAGAGAAGGCUUGCAAUGCAACAUGUAUUCUGAGUGAUCUAUUCGAUAAUCCGGAUACAAAUCCUCUUCAAUUCUGUUACCAAUCAUUCUGUUAUGAGGGUGAAUCAACGCCUGAUUUUGAUAUAGACACACAUCGAAUUGAGGUUGAUGGCAUUUAUUAUUUGGAUACUCGGAAAUUUGAUAUUUGGGAAAUAGAUAUAUUUUGUCGUGCGGAUGACUGUAGUCGACCAGAGAUAUUCAACGAAAUACGAUCAAAUCUAACACAAAAUGUUAGUGUCGAUGCAUUUUUAAAUCUUCAACCAAACUCUACUACAGCAGUUUCUCAAUUAAACACGUCUCAAAGUACAGGCGCAACUGUACGUCUUUCAUCAACCAUGUCUGGGAACACAAAUACAUUCAUUCCUGGAACAGGCAGUUCCACCAUUUCUACGUCAUCGACUGCCCUACCACCUAUUACUCAGCGAACGUCUGCUAGUACUCCCGGAAAUGGUGAUACCACUACAUCUACUCAGCGUACAGCGACAAUCACAAACUCUGCAGCCAUGUACACAUUUGAAUACUUCGUAAUAAUAAUAUGCAGUCUAUGUCAAUUACUAGCCGCCAUUUAUUAA